AUGGCGACUCAGUAUCAACUCCCAUUCAAGCUCGCCGACCCGACCCUACUGCGUUUCGACUCAAUCGUCGGCGACCAGUGGGUUGCCGCGCAGAGUGGAAAGCGAUUUGAGGUAUUAGAUCCCGGCACAGACAAGCCCUGGGCGAGUUGUCCCGCGAACGGCGCCGAGGACGUUGAUGCUGCGGUGCAAAAUGCACACGACGCAUUCGAGUCCUUCCGCAAAGUUAGCCCGCGCCAGCGUGCUAAGUGGCUGCUCAAAUGGCACGACCUGACCACCGCGGCUCGCGAUGACCUGGCUCAGAUCGUGACCCACGAAACGGGUAAGCCGCUAGCGGAGUCUUACGGUGAACUGGACUACUCGCUCGGCUUCUUGUGGUGGUUUGCCGGCGAGGCGGAGCGCAUCCAAGGCACAGUAUCGAUGCCUGCAGCUCCAAACCGCCGGCUGUUCACGAUCAAACAGCCGAUCGGCGUCGCAGCAGCACUGGUGCCGUGGAAUUUCCCCGUGGCAAUGGUGCUGCGGAAGGUCGGUGCCGCGAUGGCGGCUGGGUGUACAAUGGUUGUGAAGCCCAGCCCAGAGACGCCCAUCUCGGCUCUGGUGCUGGCAGAGCUGGCACACCGCGCGGGUAUCCCGCCUGGCGUACUGAAUGUGUUGACGACGGACUUGGAGAACACGCCGCCGCUGAGCGAGGCCCUCUGCAAACACCCGCUCGUCAAGAAGGUCACCUUCACAGGCUCGACCCGCGUCGGCAAACUGGUCGCCUCCCACUGCGCCCACGGCCUGAAGAAGCUGACCCUGGAGCUCGGCGGGAACUGCCCCUUCAUCAUCUUCGACGAUGCCAAUCUUGACCAGGCGCUCGACCAGCUUAUGGCCUUGAAAUGGCGCCAUGCCGGUCAGGCGUGUAUCACUGCCAACCGGAUCUACGUCCAGGCCGGCAUCUAUGAUCGCUUUGCAGUGCUUCUGAAGGAGCGUACUGCGGCUCUCGUCGUGGGCCACGGUGCAUCCAAGGACACUACCAUGGGUCCUCUGACAACACCACGUAGUAUUGACAAGGCGAUUGCCCAGGUGGAGGAUGCUCGCAGUCGCGGCGCGAAGUUGCUAUUGGGUGGCAAGCGGCUGACCGCGCAGUCCGGGUAUUUCUUUGAGCCAACCAUCCUGUCAGACAUGACUCAAGAGAUGCAGAUCUCGCAGGAAGAGUCGUUUGCGCCAAUUGCGGCGCUGUAUCGCUUCGAGACGGAGGACGAGGCGGUGCGACUGGCGAACGCGACCAGCAUGGGUCUGGCCAGUUAUGCGUUCACCAAGAAUAUUGACCGAAUGUGGCGGCUGCUGGAGAAUCUAGAGGCUGGCAUGGUCGGAAUGAACACGGGGAAUCAAUCGGCAGCCGAGUCACCGUUUGGAGGCAUUAAGGAGUCCGGGUAUGGCAAGGAGAGCGGAAAGGAUGUUGCGGUGAACGAGUAUUUGGUGACGAAGACAGGGACCUUCACAAUCGAGGGCCAGUAUUGA